CCAACCACCAACCGACCGAACCAACCAAUCACCACUGAUGAAAACAUGAUCUCUGUGGAUGUGAUGAAAGAGAGUCUAAAGCGGAGUUAUUGAAAUCUAUCAGAAGCUCUAAUAGUCAGCUGAAUCCAUGCUAAUUAGUGCUGCUAUUGAUGAAUGUCACAGUAGAUGAAUCGGUCGGGACGCGCUUUCUUGAGGCUACCCUUGAGGUUAUGUUUUAAUGGCCUUUCCACAAAUUAAUGCGUGUACGGUCUUCAAAACAGACAGCUUACUUAUAGUAUAUGUGAGGGUGGUAUUCGUCAGAAUAUCAGUGUUUAGUACGACCCCAGCACUGUUUCUGUCGCUGUCUUCAACGCGAGACAAGUCAGAACUGGUGUGCAGGGGCUUUACAACCGUGGCCGAAUGAUGGUGUACAGAGGUAACUACGCGGUGUGGGUGCUGGCGAUUCUCGUCACUACAGUUCGGUACGUAGGGAUAACCCAGGCUUCUGGGCUGGGUCUGAAUGUUUCAAUGCAGGCCGGGGACGAAACGGCCGUUUUCUACAACUCAACACUGCGGAGUAGUUCUUCUGAGAAUUGCCACUCGUCAGGGGCUACAAACAGCUCUUGUUUAGACAGAAACGUCACUUCAAACAUCCAAGAAUUUCUGCAGAAAGGUUCUCAUCCCCAUCUGACUAACGCAAGUGUACCUCUUGCGUGUGUUGCUUUGUGUUUGGGCGUCUGGUCAGCAGCGGCAAACAGCCUCCCACUAGCAGCCAUCAUCAAGCAUGGCCAUCUCCACACGCCCGCCUACAUCCUCACGGCCAAUCUGGCGGCCAGCGACGUCUUGAACGGCAUAGUCUUUGUGAUCACCACUAUCGUGUAUUUGGUCUCCUCACAAACCGAGACCAUCCUCUCCGUUGGCUUUCGCGCCAGGUUCACGUCUAUUUCAAUCUCCGCACUGUCCUCAGCCUACAGCCUAGUGGUCCUGACGGCCGAGCGCUACUGGUUCGUCGUGCACGGGAUGACCUACGUCAACAACGUCACCAACGACAAGUGCAAGGUCGUGGUGGUGAUCGUCUGGGCGUGGUCAGUGCUGCUGGCGAUGCUGCCCAACUUCGGCUGGCACUGUGACCUGCUAAUUCAGAAAGAUUGCCUCCCACUGGGCGGAGGACUGCCUUACAGCUACGUGGUCCUUUUCCUGGUGUCCGCUUUCCUCCCGGUGACAUCAAUCGUCUUCUUCAACAUGGGCAUCUUCUGGUGUCUGUGGAAGCACGUGAACGCCAUCGCUGCACAAGAAGCCGCCGUGGGCGCCCCGCCCAGCAUCAACAGGAAAUCCGCCAUCACCAUCGUUCUCAUCACGAUCGUGUUCUUGGUGGGAUGGCUACCGCUUCUCAUGAGAAUGGCCCUGCUCACGCCUGACCGCGGGUCGCUGGUCAACAUGGCGGUGUUCAUGAUCCUGAACUCCGCCAUCAACCCCGUCAUCUACGCGUUCCGUCUGCAGGAGGUUCGCCGGGGAGUCACGAGGCUCUUCAGGAACGGGAACGGAAACGCCAUCUUGCCUGGAAAUUGA